AUGGCCAGCUCAUUGAAAAACAUUCAGAAAGUGUUAGUCGCCAAUCGUGGCGAGAUCGCGGUUCGAUGCAUCAAAGCAUGCAGAGAACUUGGUGUCAAAACGGUGGCCAUCUAUGCCGACGCAGAUGCAACAUCCUUACACACCGUGUCGGCAGAUGAAGCUGUUUUGUUGCCAGGCAGUGACCGUACUGCAUACACCGAUGGAGAUGCGAUCAUAAAUAUCGCCAGAACCCACAACGCAGACGCCAUCAUCCCAGGCUAUGGCUUCCUCAGCGAAAACGCAGACUUCGCCGCGGCCGCUGAAGCAGCCGGCAUCAUCUUCGUUGGCCCUUCGGUAACAUCGAUCAAGGCCAUGGGUCUUAAGCACGAGGCCAGGGAAAUCGCCCACCAGGCCGGCGUCCCCACGGUCCCAGGCACGACUCUCCUAUCUUCAGCAGCCGAAGCCCGCAAGAACGCCACACGCCUCGGGUUUCCCAUCAUGCUCAAGGCCACCGGUGGCGGCGGCGGCAUGGGUCUGCAGAUCUGCCAGGAUGAAGCGGAGGUAGAGAAGGCGUUCGAAACGGUCGUCAGCCGAGCGGACACUUUGUUCAAGAACAGCGGCGUGUUUCUUGAGAAAUACUAUCCGCGCUCACGUCACAUUGAGGUGCAGGUCGCUGGCAAUAGCGAAGCGGUCGUGUCAUUUGGCGAAAGGGAAUGUUCACUCCAACGGCGCCACCAAAAGGUCAUCGAGGAGUGUCCGAGUCCGUUUGUCGAUGCGACGCUGCGCAGGAAGCUCUGCCAGUCGGCCGUAGACUACGCGUCGCAGUUGAACUAUAAGAGUGUCGGCACCGUGGAGUUUCUGGUGGAUGAUGAGACGGCAGAGUACUUCUUCCUGGAGAUGAACACUAGACUGCAAGUCGAACACGGCAUCACGGAGCUGUGUUACGGGGUUGACCUCGUGCAUUUGAUGCUUCAACAGGCGGACUGCGAAAAAGCAGGGCUAGGAGGCAUCCCAACGGCAGAGUUGAUGUCGCUUGGGCGAGAGCAGCCCCUGGGCAGCGCGAUCGAGGUUCGUGUGUAUGCGGAAGACGCGCUCAAUGACUUUGCCCCGCGGCCUGGGCUUUUGCAGAGUGUGCGAUGGCCUGAAAGUGAGGGCGAUGAUGGGGUUCGUGUUGAUACGUGGGUCAAGGGCGGUCAGCGCAUCACGCCGUAUUACGAUCCGUUGAUCGGGAAGAUCAUGGUACACGACGGUCGGGGUAGAGAGCAGGCACGACAGAAGAUGAUUCGAGCGCUGAAGGGAACAACUCUUCAGGGCACGCAGACGAACCUCCAAUACCUCACCAAGGUCCUCCAGUCGGAGGCAUUCAUCCAGGGGAACACGCUGACCACCUUUUUGAACGACUUCGUCUUCGAGGCGUGCGCAAUACAAGUCCUGGAACCCGGCAUGAUGACAACCAUUCAAGAUUACCCUGGACGAGUGUCCGUCCGGCAUGGCGUCCCGAGGAGCGGGCCCAUGGACACCCUCAGCAGCCAGAUCGCAAACGUGUUGAUCGGGAAUGAGCCAGGGACAGAGCUGUUGGAGGUCACUUUGAUAGGCCCAGCGCUGCGCUUCUACGUUGAUGCUGUCGUGGCAGUAUGUGGUGGUUCUGUUUCUGUGACGGUGGACGAUGAGGAGCAGCCCAUGUGGUCUAGAUUCGUCAUUCGUCGUGGCCAGGUCCUAAAGCUCGGUCAACUGGGGGGGAGCGGUUUCAGAGCAUACAUCGCCAUCAAAGGAGGGUUUCCCGGGAUUCCUUCAUUUCUCGGGUCGAAGUCUACGGCGCCAGAACUUGGCUACGGCGGACUGGAAGGCCGCAAACUGCAGAUGCAUGACGUGUUGGAUCUGGCGGAGCAGUCGACUCAGUGGGCCGCCGAGGCAACGUUAUUUUCACUUCCCAGCGACGCUGUCCCCAGCCUCGAUAUUAAGCAGGUGUGGUGUAUGGAAGGACCGUACGGCGACAACAACAUCUUCACCCCUGCUGGACGAGCUGCGUUAUAUGAGGCUGCCUGGAAAGUGAAUCACAACAGCGGCCGCAGUGGCGUUCGACUGGCAGGACCGCAACUCGAAUGGGCGCGCUCAUCCGGUGGUGGAGGAGGGUCUCAUCCAUCGAAUGUCUUCGACUAUGGAUACCCCGUUGGUGGCGUCAAUUGGACUGGCGACUUUCCAGUCAUCUUCUCAGUCGACAGCCCUGACGCUGGAGGGUUUGCCUGCCCGUUGACCGUCUGCUCGGCGGACUUUUGGAAGCUUGGACAGCUGAAGCCUGGGGAUGAGAUUCGGUUCAGACCAACCACUUUCGAGUGGGCCAUGGUCAUGUUGAAGAGGCAAGAUGAAUAUAUCACUGCUGUGGCUGAGUGUGCCCAAGCGGGUCAAGUCACAGCAUCAAUCCCGGCUUUGUAUCCUGAAGAGUACAGCCAAGCUUCUUCGGGAUCGUCAACGAUGAGGGAAAUCCCUGCGACAGACUUUAAUCCCAAGACGAUCUACAGACAAGGAGGCGACUCUUCUAUUAUCGUGGAGUUCGGGACUCAGGUCGCUGACUUGCGCAAUACCAUCUGCGUCAGACUAUUGGCCAAGCAACUUGAGGACCGCCAGUUGGAUGGCGUAAGUUGGACUCCGAGCAUCGCAACUCUGACUAUCCACUUCAACCCCAAGAAGACAACACAAACCGAACUACUAAAUAUUCUGUCGGAGCUGCCGUGCGGACUCAACCAGUCGAGCAAUCAGAUGCCGGUGCGAGAGGUCCAACUGCCCAUCUGCCUCGACCACUCUGCCAUCGCGGAGGCUGUCCAGCGUUACAUGGAUAACAUCAGAAAAGAUGCCUCUUACCUACCGGAUAACGUGGAGUACAUUCGGGAAAACAACGCGCUUUCUUCCCGGCAAGCCGUUUUCGACGCGUUUCUGAACACCCCCUGGCUCACGGUAGCCGUAGGCUUCUACGUUGGUACUCCGUUUCUCUUCCCCCUUGAUCCUAAGUACGUGUACGUGGGACAAAAGUAUAACCCCAGCCGUGUCUUCACUCCAAGCGGAUCAGUCGGUCUGGGCGGUUCUCUUGUGGCCAUCUAUCCCGUCGCUGCACCGGGAGGUUACCAACUUAUUGGGCGCACCAUCGGCUGCUGGGAUGAGACGGGUAAUCGACCCUGUUUCGAGCCGUCCAAGCCCUGGCUGUUCCGUCAUUUUGAUCUGGUCAGGUUUGUGGAGGUUGGGGAGGAAGAAUACGACAAGCUGAAGCACGACUAUGACAUCGGGCAGUACGAGUUUACCAUCAGUGAGACUACGAUAAACAUGGACCAUUUCAUCGCCAAGUUCGACGCUGCAAAUCAGGAUCCGGCUCAUUUGGAGUGGACAAAGCGGCAGGCUGAAGCUAGCAAAAAGCUUGCUCAGCAGGAGACGGAGCUCUUUGUUGAGUGGCAUGCGGCCACUACAGCUUCGACCAACGGGGCUGCGGCGGCUGGUGGGGAGCCGGAGGAGCAUUCGAGUGUGAACGUUCUUCGGAUCAAGUCUCCUGUGAGUGCGAGUGUUUGGAAAGUGGAAGUUGAUGUGGGCGAUGUGUUGAAGAGUGGGCAGACAGUGGCUGUGUUGGAAGCUAUGAAGAUGGAGAUCAAGGUCAUUUGCGGAAAAGAUGAAGACGGGAUGGUCGUGAAGAGUAUCGUGAGUCCAGCGGGUACUAUUGUUAGCCCGGGAACAGUGAUACUAUCUGGAGCAGCUAUUGAGGGCUAG